AAAUAUUAAUACCAGGAAAUAGAGACCUCAAGUGGGCACACGAUAUAUCCCGUUGCAACGGUGGAACCCCCAGACUGAGGUCCUCUCCAGUCCUUUGUCCUAUGCUGGCCAAAGGAUCUGAAUGCUUUCUCUUUACUUGAGGACAACCUAUAAGAAGGAAAGCGCAGGGCUGCUGGUUCUUGCCAUUGUGAAAGUCACGUGGAGCCUGCCUGCCAUGUGAGGACAUUCAUUCAAGAGGUCAGUCACCUUGGAGGGACAGCGAAGGUUCUGGCCUGGGCGUGUGCUAAAUGCAGAGCUAUCGGAUGGGCCCAGAUGUCACGGGCCCUGCCUCACUGCCCCCCAGGUGACAGCCGUGUGGAAAACCCAGGUGCAAAGAACUUUGGGUGCUCCCCUGAAAGGAGAAGGAGGAAGAGAGAAAGCAGUGCUGCUCCCAACGGCAGAGCAGGGGUCUUCAGGGCUUUUUGCUAAGGGCCAGAACCUAAGAGGCCAAGAGACCAGUGGGAGGCCAAGGAAAGAGGCUAAGGACUUCGUCGUCAGAAACGUAUCCCAACCAGGAACAGAGGCAUGGACUUCAGUGAGGACGUUACUGGAGCCCCGCCCGGCACCUUGGUGCCUCAGGAGCUACUGGAAGAAAUGCUUUGGUUUUACCGCGUAGAAGAUGCUACUCCCUGGAAUGCUUCCAUGCUUGCCCUGGUGGCUGUGGUGGUCGUGAUAAGCUUUGUCCUCUUGGGAAGAAGCAUCCAGGCAAACAGAAAUCCAAAGACGCUGCCAUCGGAAAAACAGCAUCCAGAAGCCCUCUACCUGGCUGAGGUUGGAGCCAAAGAGAAUGACAACCUGACCAUCCUAAGGGAGACUUUGCUCUCAGAAAAGCCAAAUUUGGCCCAGGUAGAAAUGGAGUUAAAAGACAGGGAUGUGCCGCACGGAUUCCUUCUCGCAGACCCACGGGAAUCUGAGAGCUAGUGCAAGGGCAGGGCAGUGCACCCCGUGGCGCUAGUUGACGGAGGGAGUAAACUGCAAUCAAACUAAAAUUCUAUUAUGAAAACACAAACAAAACCUUUUUAAUAAAAUAUUUCUGGAUGUGGGCA